AUGUGCAACAAUAUCAGUGGAACACUGACCUUGCCUUCAUCAGACAAAGAAUGUCAACAAGUUUUGGAGGACCACAACGUUCCUUCUUCAGGAACUAAGGAAGCUGGUCAUACCGGUAGGAGGAAAACAGAGAACCCUUCGUUACAGAGAAGCUUAGAUGCCAUCACUUCUUCCCUAAACUACAUUGGCACUGCUGUUGAGGAGGGCAUUACAAGUGUGGAGAAUCGUACUGCUGGCAUCAUUCAAGAAACACGUAAAAAGAUUAAGAAAAAGCCUAGUCUUCAGAACCCUGAGAUUCAAGCUGAUUUGGAGAUUCAGCUAAAGGUUUCUCGCGACGUUGCAAUGGCAAUGGCUGCAAAGGCAAAGCUUCUUCUUAGGGAGCUGAAGAUGGUGAAAUCCGAUCUAGCCUUCGCAAAGCAACGAUGCGCUCAGCUUGAAGAAGAAAACAAGGUUCUGAGAGAGAAUCAUAACGGCGACAACACCCAAACGGAUAACGAUGAUCUGGUGCGACUUCAACUUGAGACGCUAUUAGCUGAGAAGGCUCGGUUAGCUCACGAGAACUCGAUAUACACACGCGAAAAUUUCUGUCUGAGAGGAGUAGUCGAAUACCACCAGUUAACGAUGCAAGAUGUAGUCCAUUUUGAUGAGAAGACUGAAGAAGUAACUGAGGUUUAUCCUGUUAAUGUCACUUCAGUGUCUUCUUCUUCUUCAUCAAACCCACAAGUCUUGGAGUUCAAGUGAGACACUAUUUACUCUGUUCUUGUACUGAAUCAGACAACAAUUUGUUGUCCGUAAUUGCUCCGUUGUAGAAAUAUAUGUACUUUGUAUUCUCUUCUUGUUGGGGUGGGGGUCUUAAGAAUUAUUUAACUAUGAAUGUUAUUUAAUUUAUACCCUUAAUUAUUAAAAAGAUAAAAAUAAUAAAAGAAUGUUCUAUAAUUCAGAUAUGCAAGAUUACUUAGUGGAGGUUAUUGGUUGGUGUAUUUUGAUGGAUUUUAAAAUCCAAACUAAAUCUAGUGUUAUUGGUUCUAUGAUUUUAAAAUAUGUAUUGAAAUCAUGUGUUAUUCGUUUAAUGAUUCAUAAAUUCUAAUUCAAAUCAAGUGUUAUACGUUUAAUGAUUCAUAAAUUUUAAUUCAAAUAAAGUGUUAUUCAAUCAUACGGAUUUACUAAUAGAUUUGAUUUCAUAAUGUAUUUGAAUGGAUUUGCAUGGAUUUCUUUGUGAAAAAUACAAAGGCCCAAAUCCGAAGGAAAACCUCCGGAUUUGUAAAUACUAAUCCGAGAAAAUUUAAAAAUUUGUAUAUUUUACUUGGAUUUAUAAAUACUAUAUGGAUUUCUAAAUCAAUAAAAAUAUAUAAACCAAUAACACCCCCUUAUUGUAGAAAUUAGUCAAUUGUUAUAGGAUCCAUCUUAUGAAAUUACAAUAACAACAAUAUUUAUAAAAAAAACUACAUUACAAAGAAAACAAAUAACUUGUAGAAAUCUAAUCUAUUAAAACAGGAGUACAAAAUUAAACUUAUCCUUACACUUGCACAAUAUUUACUAUAACAUGCCACUGAAAUAUUAAAUAACCAUAAAUUUAAGUUAUUAAUGAGUUUUCCUAAUUUAAUUACUCUUUACCUAAAUAAUUAUUUUAUUUAUUAAAAACAUCCCUCCACAUAUCUCUCUUAUUAAAAGCAACGAUUCUAUUGUUACAAAAAAUAUUCCUGUUUAUUGAAAAUCAUAAACGUGUAAUUUGAAGAAACAAACAAAAUUAUAAACAAAUUUGAAUUAACCCUAAAAUGAUAUCAAUUGGUCAAAUAAAAUCUAAACUUAACCAAUUAAUGGAAUAUUCAUUCCCUAAACUACUAUCACAAUAAAAACGAAACUAAGGAAAACUUUUAGUUAGUUCCAAUUUCCAUCAACAACAAUAUUCCAAAUAUUAGUUUAUUAGGAACUAAGUCGUAUAUGGAAAUAAAAAUAUAUGAAUAUUAUAUAGUUUAAACGAUUGUAAACUAUUGUGACAAAAUGUAAAUAUCUAAGUUUAACUAUGGUCUAACCGGUGAUCAUUAAAAGAACAUUAGAAAUGAGUAGGGAAAAAAUGAAGAGGAACAAAAUUAUAGGAAUGAAAAGGAAAAUUUUUCCUCAUCAAUUUUGGGGAGGAACAAAUUUGUUCUAUAUUACUCUAGAAUAAAAGGAAAAACUAUUCUUUAUAAAUGGUAAAAUAAAAAAGGAAUAACAAGGAAUGCAUUAUUCAUUUUCAUUCUUUGGUCACCAGUUAGACCAUAUGUACAAUAUGAUAUACUUUCGAAACAAUGUGUUUUGCCCGCUAAUGCCGGCAUAAUCAUUUUAUUCUUAUUUAUAAACACAUGCAUUACAAAUUCAAAGAUAAUUAUGAUAAAAAUUGUUUAUAUUUUCAAAAUUUUAAACUCAAUAUAAAAUUAUUAAAUAACAAACUAUUUAUCAAAAAUAUAUGUUUGUUAUUAUAAAUACUUAUUAGUUUAUGUCUUAUUAAUACAAAAAAUAUCAGUAUGAUAUGUUAUUAUUUAUUCUCUUUAAAAUUUCAAAUUAAACAUGAAAUUAUUUAUAUAUAAAAAAGGUUUUUUAUCUAUAAAACAAUAUGCUUAUUAUUGUGUUGAAAUUUUAAAAACACUUAUAUAUUAGAGAUAUUAUAGAAAAUUCAUAAAUCAUUCAAAACACGUUUUUAUAUUAGUAUAUUCUUAUUCCAAAGUCUUGAAAACAUGUUUUUGAUAUUAUUAUGUUUAAAUUUUUAUAGCCUUGGCACAAGCUAACAAUAUAUAUUUAUUAUAUUAAACCUGAAGUAAUAACCAAUACUUGCCUACUUUAAAGUGUUUUUUUACCUUUCCUUCAUUCUUUUUAACUAAUUUAAACCCCUUAUUUUAUUGUAUUUACCAAAUAAUCCAACUUCAUUUAUUACCCUAUUACAUUCCUUUUUUACUCUUCCUAAUUACUUCAUUAAUUAUAUUUAUGAUAAUAAUUCGACAACAUUUAUUUUAGGAGUAAUUCUUGGGUUCACCCCCUAAGGUGAACCUACAGGUUCACCAACCAAUAAGAUUAUGUUAUUUCAAAUUUGAUAUCUUUUAUAAAAGGAAACGAAAUAUUGUCAAGUUAUAUUAUGUUUUUAAAAUAAAAAGAUAAAAAUU